AUGAAGCCAGUAGAUGACACCUUCUUCGAAGCCGAACCAACGGUGGCGGAAGAACUCAAACAAUGUAUCCCUACGAAAGAUGGCACAUUACGAUAUUUAACGUCUCUAUUUCCCUGCUUUGGUUGGCUACCACGGUAUAAUUGGCGAUGGCUUGUCGGUGACAGCAUUGCUGGUCUUACCGUUGGCCUUGUCGUUAUUCCUCAGGCUAUGGCAUAUGCGCUACUGGCUACGUUACCGCCUGACUUCGGACUGUAUACUUCCUUCGCCGGUGCGGCGACGUAUUGGCUUUUCGGAACGUCGAAAGAUAUCGUUAUCGGAACUACAGCCAUUGGCUCGUUACUCGUCGGAGAAGUCGUCUCACACGUCCACGAAGCACGACCGGAUACAUACACAAGCGUCGAGAUUGCCAAAACACUAUCGUUCAUGACCGGCCUUAUCCUCUUCGCAUUAGGUCUUCUUCGUCUUGGCUGGCUUGUAGAAGUCAUCCCAUACAUCCCCGUCUCGGCGUUCAUUACCGCUGCCAGCAUCAUCAUCAUGUGCACACAACUGCCAGUCCUGCUGGGCAUCCCUGGUAUCAACACACGAGAGAAGCCAUACGAGGUCUUUAUCGCGACGAUGAAGAAUCUUCCCAACACCAAGCUUGAUGCUUCUAUUGGUAUCACUUGUUUGGUGCUGUUGGAGUUGGCCAAGUACACUUUUACAAAGUUGGAGGCGCGACAGCCUGCGAGAAAGCGACUUUGGUCGAUUAUGUCCUCUCUGCGUCUCACCUUUGCAAUGAUUCUGUACACACUUGUUAGCUUUCUGGUCAAUCGAAACUUGUCAGAGGAUGAAAGCAAGUUUCGAAUUGUCGGCCACAUCAACCAAGGCUUCAUUCAUGCUGGUCCACCAGAACUCAAGCCAGACCUUAUCGGUGUCAUCUUGCCACAAAGCCCCAUUAUUCUUGUGAUUCUCAUCGUCGAGCAUAUCGCUAUUGCCAAGAGCUUUGGCAAGAAGCUAGGUUACGAUGUUGUCCCAUCCCAGGAAAUUAUGGCUCAAGGAACUGCAAACAUCCUCGGGCCCUUCCUAGGUGGAUACUCAUGUACUGGUUCAUUCGGCGCGUCGGCUGUUCUAUCCAAGGCUGGAGUAAGAACACCACUAGCUGGACUCUUCAGUGCAUUCAUGCUGCUUCUCGCUCUUUACGCUCUGACUGGAGUUUUCUACUUCAUUCCCAGAGCAGCACUGGCUGGACUUAUCAUCCAUGCUGUUUUCAAUCUCAUUGCUUCGCCUUCUACCGUGCGCAAGUAUUGGCAUCUAUCGCCAUUUGAGUGCAUUAUCUGGGUCAUUGGCGUUGUUAUGGCUGUCUUUACCGGCCUUGAACCAGCCAUUUACACCACAACAGGUCUCUCAUUCCUGCUUUUGCUCGUGCGUAUUGCACGAACGAGAGGCGAAUUUUUGGGCAAAGUUGAAGUUGAGCAGAAUGACAAGACAUCAAUAAAUACCGACGAGAAACCUUCUACUCGCGACAUUUACUUGAGUCUGGAGCGAAACGAUGCUUCCAACAAGGACAUCUUGGUAGAAGGCCCUGGCGGCGGAGUUCUCAUUUAUCAUUUCCCCGAAGGCCUGAACUACCUCAAUCAGGCACAACACCUGAAGAACUUGACAGAUUAUGUCUACACUCACACAAGACGUCCAGACGAAGAGCAAACAGAUGAAAAGACUGAGGCUCUUUGGUGCGACACAUCCGGGUUGUGCAAACAAGACAACGAACUACCCGUACUACGCGCCAUCGUCAUAGACUGCUCAACAAUUAAUAAUAUCGACAUCACCAGCGUCCAAGGCUUGGUAGAUGUCAAGAAUGCUUUAGACCGAUGGGCAAGUCCAUCCACCAUACAAUGGCAUUUCGGCGGCUUGCACAACCGAUGGGCACGACGCGCUCUAGCAGCCGUCGGCUUCGGCCAAACCAGUACAGAAAACGAUCCGUUAAUCGCAAGCUGGGCAGCUGUUCCGUCAAUAACAUCAUCCUUUGGGGAAGCAACAGAAGGCGACCACAGAAGACAAGAUGACGAGAGCUCAAUUGGCACACGACACAAUGACUUCAGUGGCGACAAAAAGCUGUGCCCAGUGUUUGCAGUGGACAGACCAUUGUUCCACGCGGAUCUUGGCGAAGCGGUGAGUGCGGCUUUGAAGUACGCGCACAAAAGCGAGUGCCGUUCCCAUUCGCACACCGACUCGGAAUAA